CAUGUUUAUGGCGGCCGGCGUCGAAGUCGAUAAAGAAAAAAAUGUUCAUUCAGGAGUAAUUCUCAACGUCGCCUUUACCAAAUAUUUUCGUUAAUCAUUUAUUUUAUAAAUUGUGACCAGACAUGUGUUAAGUUUAUGUACGUAUAUAUUAUAUAUAUGCAUUAUAUAAUUAUAUUGAAUUAACGAUGAAUGUAAAUAAAGACAAGAAGAUUAAAGUAAAUUUUGAUGAGAGCGUAAAGCAUCGACGUAGUUCACUAAAAGUAAAUUUAAGUUGUGGUUCAAACUUGACAGAUUCUGGUAAUGAAUCGCUCAAACAAACAGAUAUCGAGUAUCAUGAUGGUACGUGGUUAGGAAAUAAUAAACCUGGAUGCUCCAAUGCCAAGCAAACAUCUGUCAAUCAUAGACCUAUAUCUUAUGAUAUUCCUUCAAAAACUGCAAAUGUAAGUUUAGAAAAAAUAAGUCACAAUGAUGCAAUUUUGAAUAGACAUUGUGAAAAAUUAAAAUAUGCUAUAUUAACCAAAACUAAUCAAAUGUUUGAUAAACAAAACCAACUAUCCCUUAAGACUUGUACAGUUUUAAAUGCUAAAGACGAUCGAUCAAGUACCGCUCUAAAUAACAAUGUUACUUGUAUAACUGAGAAAAAUGUUAAUGAAGUUGAAUCAAAGAACACAGGAACCAACUUGCAUCAAAGUAUUAAUAGUACACCAAAGGAUAAAUAUAGACCCAAAAGUAUGAAAAACCAAAGAAAACAAAAUAGAUUAAAAAAGAGACUUUUAUUUCUUGCGAAGGAACCAUCGAAUGAUAAAAGUUUUAUUAGUUCUCAAAAUCAAUCUCUUUCAGCUUCAAAUACUUUGGUACGCGAAGAUACAUCUAUGGCAACACCAAUUGCAUGCUCUACAAUGAUAGAUGGAAAUAAUAAAAUAUCUGUUACAGACGAUGAAAUACACUUUCAAGCUAGAAAUAGUUUAUCUUUGGUUUCAAACAUGCCUGCAGGAAAUAGUACGACAUCUAUGGAAAUAACAGAUGUUUGCGGAGGAUUUAUAUUAUACGAUAAACCACAGUCGUCUGUAAAAUGUUUAGCAAAAGAUGCGUCUAAAUGUUGCUUACGAAACAGCGCAUCAGACAAGUGUGCUUCAGGUUCUCUAGAACAAACAUUGUUGCAAAUAAAUCCAAAUGAUGAAAAAUUAUUAUACGAAACAUCCAACAAGUUCAUAAAAGCUACUACAGUUAAUAAAGAUAUCGAACAAAACACCGAUAUGCAAUGGAACAACCCAAGUAUAGAAACAGAUAGUGCAAAUACACUCCAAACUUCUUUAAAUGUAAACACUUCCAUUGACAUGGUAAAUAAAAGCAUGGAUAAAUGCACACAGAAACACGAGAGAAAAACAUGUAAGAAUUUUAAAAGUAGAUAUAAAGAAGGUAUACGUGUAGCAGGUGUAGAAGAAGCUCAGGAAAGUAUAAAUACCGUCUGUACUUCGUUACAAAUGAAUACAUCGUUAAAUACUUUAAGUACGUCUCAAGAAAACGAUUGUAGAAAUAUAACAUCGGAAUUGAACAAUGAGAAGCAUAAAGAAAAGAAGAAAAUUAAUAGCAUAACUGUUAGUAAUUGGAAUAGACUAGUUGUUGAUCAAAUUUAUAGCAAUGAGCAAAGCUACAUAGAAGCCACCCCAUAUCCUAUGUACCGUUCUGUUAUGUUAAAAUCACAAUUAAAACAAAAUGCUAUAGCAUGUUCACUCCAAAGCAACAAUCAGUUUAAUGGAAGUGAAUUAAAAUACUCUACUGAUAUACAUGUUGAAGCUAAAUCACGUUUCCCGGAACAAGACACGCCGGGAGUAUCUAUAAAUGUGUGUGGUCAAAAUCAAGAGCAAACAAUUAUUUUGAACCAUUCGUGUUGUGAGAGAUCUAAUAUGAAAUCACAAACAUCUGUACCUAUAGAAGAAGUAGUUAAUGAAAAUAAAUCGAAAGAAGAUAUAAAUAUUAAGAAAAUUGAUAAAAAAAGAUCUAAAAAAAAGCUGAUGCCUCUUCAUGAAUGUUCGCAAGUAUCAUUUUCUCCUAUGGAAAAACAAUAUUCACCUCCUAGGUGCUUAAUAUUUAAAAAACAAGUUAAAAGAAAGAAUAAAUGUAAUAAAAUGAAUACUAGUAACGUUCAACGCAAUGAAAGAGAAGAAAAAAAAACAAAGAAAGUUGUCAGUAAAAAGAUUGUUAUUAAGAAAAUCGUUAAUGAAGACAUUUUAAGGAACUUGGAGGAAAAUAGAGAAAAUUUGAAUAAAACGCGAGUAGAUGUGCAUGGUUCGAAUGGAAACUCGUCAAAUGAUUUUCAAUCCUUGAAAAGACCAUCUACUACACAAUUUACAAGAAAAAAAGGACGUAGAAUAAAUAUUGUUACAACUGGUUUAUCUAAUGAAGAUAAAGGUAUAGUUAAAAGCGUUGUUAAAACUCUUGGUCUUGCAAAACUUGAAUCAAAUGUUACGAAACGUACAACACAUGUUGUAACCACGGGUGUCCGUACAAUAAACUUAUUGCAUGGAAUUAUACGAGGCUGCUGGCUUGUCGGCCUUGAAUGGGUUUUAAAAUCUUUAGAAAACAAUGCGUGGUUAAGUCCAGAAGAAUAUGAAAUGGCGCACUUUUCAAAGGCGGUGCUGGAGAAUCGCAAAGAUAGGCAGUUGUUUGGAUCAUCUUAUGUUCCAGAAUUGUUUACUGCUUGUGGAUAUAUAUACAUUGAAAAGAAUACAACACCUCCUUAUAGCGUGUUGAAAGAUCUCAUAAAAGCUGCAGGUGGUUGUAUUACUGAAAAUCUAGAUAUAGCAAAAGUUGUUAUUGGUACAGAAGGUAUAAAAGAAACCUGGGUUUUAGAUUGUAUCACGUCAGGUGAAUUACAACCAUAUAAUCAGUAUCGACGAUGAUAAGUUUUUUCUAUUUUAAGUAUUAACUCUUAUACGUCGAAUAUUGAAUCGGAUACCAAAGUCCUUUGGUACUUGUAGCAUUUAUGGUAUAUCAAUUUAAAGUUCUAACCUUAAUGAAGAUAAUUAUACAUAUUUAUACAUAUGUAGGCGCUUCAUUAAUAUUCUUAAUAAAAAAUGAUUGAAUGCCAGUUACAGUGAACAGUGACUAUAACUGGUAAUUUUCAGUUUCUUUCAUGAAUGUUUUCAACAUUUGCAAUUGUAAAUUGAAGGAUUUGUUUGUAGUUUAUUUAUUUUUCAAGAUUUUAUCUAUUUAUCUAAUUGUUUCCCUGAAAUCUCAGAAAAGGGGUGCGUUUCCUGCGAGGGUGGCGUAUUGUAGGAUUCAAGAUUUUAUUUGAGAAAAUUUUGUUCUUUUUCGAAUACAAAAAUUUCUCCUCUGAAUUGGGCAUAAUGUCUGCUGAUUCGAGGUGUCAUACCCAGUGGUGGGGACACUUUUCCGAGGAUGUAAUAUUCAUUUAAUUACUUAUUUUAUUUAAAUUUUUUAAGAUAUUUAUUAAAUCUAUCAAAAUUUAAAUAAUCUCACAAUAAAAAAAAUAUAUACAUUAUUGUUACAUGUCAUGUCCAUAAGGUUUGGUCAAAGUAUUCGAAAUCAUAUUGCCUGUUAUCUUAAUCAUUUAUGAUAAGGUUAGGUUGCGUUGACUCUAACGGCAUUCACGUACUUGGAUCCAUACAAUGUGUCAAAUUGACACGGAUUUGUUGACAUGUGCCUUUGUACUUAUCUAACCAUACAUUAAUAUAAACAUCUUAACGAAUA